GGCACAGGCGCUAGGACCAUGCAGUCUCCAGACAGGCAAAGGAAGUCUCAAUCACAGCUAGCUAGCUAGCAGGCUAACAUUGGUAUCUGUAGAUUUCUGAGCGAACGGUAUGGAUUCAUAUAAAUAAUCGUUUGAUUGAGACCCAGCCAUGUCUCAGCUGGAGAAGAAGGCGGGGCUUCUGAGAAGGACGUCCUCCUCUAAGAAACCCCUGAAGGAGAAAGUGGUGCUGAUGUAUGAUGAGAUCUUUGCGAAAGAGGAUCCAGCCAAGAACAACUCCCGUUUCUGGGAUGAACUCUUCCUCAUGAAGGUGAAUCUGGAGUACCUGGAGGCCAAGCUGGAGUCUCUGGAUGGAGAUGAGGUGAUGAAGAUUAAAGACAACAUCAACAGUCUGUUCCACCACUGUGUUCAGGCCCUGGCAGAGGAGCACCAGAUCAAAGUGGUCAAUGCCCUGCAAACUCUGUGUGCGUUGUUCCGUGGGGUUCACCAGAAGAACAAGUCAGCCUCAGGCUUCGACAUCAUCAACAUGCUCGUGGGCUUCGACAAGGCCGAGCUACGCAUGAAGGACCUGAUGGAGAGUUUAGACAACCUGCUGUGUGGGGAGGGUUCAGAAAGUCUCAAGGCCCUGUGUCUCAAACUACUGCUGUGUUUAGUGACGGUAACAGACAACAUCAGUCAGAACACCAUCCUAGAGUAUGUUAUGAUCAACAGCAUCUUUGAGGCCAUUCUGCAGAUCCUAUCAGAUGUGUCUACUAGAGGACAACAUGGUUAUGAUGCUGUUGUACUCCUGGCUCUGCUCGUCAACUACAGGAAGUACGAGUCUGUGAAUCCCUACAUUGUGAAGCUGUCCAUAGUGGAUGAUGAACCAACCCUAGAUGGAAUGGGUCUGGUGGUUGGCCAAGCCCUGACAGAAUAUAACAGACAGUACAAAGACAAAGAGGAGGAGAACCAUGGAGGGUUUUUCUCUACACUCACCAGUAUGGUGGGCAGUAUGUUCAUUGCAGAUGCAGAUGAGAAGCUCUCAGUACAGACCAAUGAGGCGAUUCUCCUGGCGCUGUACGAGGCCGUGCACCUCAACCGCAACUUCAUCACUGUUCUCGCUCAGAGUCACCCAGAGAUUGACAUCCCGACCACACCCAUCACCCCUGUUCCGACCACUCCCACGACGCCGCUUGGCACAACCCCGCUCUCUAUGGACAUGAUGAACUCUUCAGAACUUCCCCUGGAUCCUAACCUUCAGACCAGUAACCUGCUCAUCACCUUCCUCAAGUACUCCUCCAUCGUCAUGCAGGACACCAAAGAUGAACACAGACUCAACAGUGCCAGACUCUGUCUCAUCAUCCUCACCUGUAUAACGGAGGACCAGUGUGUGUGUGUGUGUGUGUGUUUAACCUGUGUUCUGUGUAUACAGCCCAUGAGACACAGGAAGAAGGCAGCAGAGAAGAACGUCCCGUCCAGACCACUGGUGUGUGCUGUUCUAGAUCUGAUGGUUGAGUUCAUCGUAACUCAUAUGAUGAAGGACUUUCCUAUGGAUCUCUACAUGCGUUGUGUACAGGUGAUCCACAAGCUGAUCUGCUACCAGAAGAAAUGCAGAAUCAGGUUACACUAUACCUGGAGAGAACUGUGGUCAGCUCUGAUCAACCUGUUGAAAUUCCUGCUGUCCAAUGAGACCGUUCUGUUGGCCAAGCACAACAUCUUUCACCUGGCUCUACUGGUGGUGAAUCUGUUCAACAUGUUUAUAACAUAUGGAGAUACGUUCCUGCCCACCUCCAACAGUUAUGAUGAACUUUACUAUGAGAUCGUCAGGAUGCACCAGAUCUUUGACAACCUCUACUGCAUGGUACUGAGAGUGUCCACCAACGCAGGCCAGUGGAAGGAGCCUGCCAGUAAAGUCACACACUCACUGGUCAACGUCAGGGCCAUUAUCAACCAUUUCAACCCCAAGAUUGAGUCCUACGCUGCAGUGAACCACAUCUCCCAGCUGUCUGAGGACCAGGUAAACACGCCCCUUAUGAUGUCACAGGACACUCUUAUGAGUGUGACAUCAACAAUGAUGUCACAACAAGCCUUUUAUGAUGUCACAACAUGCCUACUUGGGAUGUCAUAAUGGCCCAGUGAAAGCUUUUGCAUUCUUUAUGAUGUCACAAUGGCCAUCUGUUGACAUCAUAAUGACAGUGUUUAAAUGCAGACUGUGGCUCUUUAUGACAUCACAAUGGAACACAUCCUAUGAAACGGUGU